GCAAAAUGUACGAGCCGGGAUUUAUUCAACCUGAGAAUAUUCCAUGAUUCCGACAUAGCUGCGACUAGCAGAUAGUCAAUCUGGGUAAUUGAUAUGAGUAUAUGAGAAUACACAAGAGAAUUUGGUUAUAGAAGUCUCAGCAAAACACGGACGACCUCGCGACUGCGGAUCUGUUGAUUUCUACUGCGACCAGUGCAGAGGCAACUCCCCAAAAGACACACAGAGAUGGCACCUGCAUUGGAAAAGCAGCUACAAGAGGCGUCAAAGGUGGUGUCAAAGGCUGCAUGGAUCCAUUCAACCGAAUCUACCGAGUCUGCAUAUGCCAGACUCUCAGAGUAUAUUCAAGUGCUCAAGUCAGAAGAUGAUGACAUUGCAGAACAGCGGGAUACUAUUUCUACAGUCGAGCUGAAGACUGAAGCAGAACCCGAGGUGAAGAGAGAGGAAGGUGGUAUAGUGAAAGUGGAGGAUCCCGAGUUAUAUGUUGCGCAACACCUUACUGAUCUUCUCCGCCGAAUCGACGAAGCGUCCCGCGAAGACCAAGCCCGGAGUCCAGGUGUAUUCUCAAUCGCUCUAGGAGACAUGAAGACCGUCGGUGCACUAAUCGACUUGAUCAUUAUUGACUGCGUGUAUCCCGCACUGGCACCAGGUGUUGGCCUCCCGCUGCAAAAACGUCUGAAGGACGGCCUGACCCGGCAAAAUCAGAUGGUUCGCACCGGGCGCACAGAGAUUCUACGGAUGAUUGUGGACUUGCUUGUGGCUAUUGUCGCGAGCGAAGACGAUCUGUCGGAUAUAAUAAUGGGCGGCCAGUAUGCGACCGAUAUCAUCUGUGGACUGAUAGAGCUGGGAUAUGAUGAAUCCCAUGCGGGUGAGAAUCAGAGCAAUUACCGCAAGAAGCUCAUUGAUUUUUUCUCAAGAAUCCAAACCUACAACUUGCUGGUCUACAUCACUACCCUCAUGCAGAAAGACAGUCCGCCCUGGUUCAUGGCAAUACUGACGCGAACGCUCGCCAUGAUUCCCGUGACGCGGACAGACGACGGUGUCAAGGCAUUGAUCGAAAUGAUCGGUGGCCUACGCGAUGACGAGCACAUCUCAGUCGAGAAACUAGAUCGGGCGGCAAAGAUUUUAUGCAGUGUACCAAAGGGAAUCGAGCCAAAGGUGUAUUUCUCGACAGUCUGCAGUCAGCUACUUGCUAUCCUUGACACGAAGGGACAGAAGCUUUUAGUGACGUCUGUGAUUCAAGUCAUCAUGUCGAUGCAGAAAAUGCGCAGCAGAGUCGUGCAGGAUCUUAUAUUCUCGCCGAUUUUAUCGAGCAUAGCACCUCCCAGUACACCCAUCAAAAGCGAAAAAGAUGUGCUGGUAUCCGAUACCGAUCUUACAAAGGCGAUAUCAAGGCUUUCGUUGCUCAUUCGAAGUGCUGAUCCUGAAACCACUUCAAACUUAUUGUCUUCACUGGUGCAUUCUUUAUGGGGACUAAUGUGUUUUCAAAAGAAAACGUCGCGGUCUGUCGAUCUUGCCAAAAGUCUCUUGUCAAUCUACAUCAAAAUGGGAGAUGCAGACAGUAUCAUCGAAGAUCUUGUCUCACAUCUGUACUACGAUGGCGAAAAGAACUGGAAAUUUGGCGAUGGAGACAGCGGGGGAGUGGAAAUUCGCAAGCGAGGCCUCGUAGGAACGUCGCAGAGUGAUAUGCAGGCCGGUCUGGUAGGAAUCGACGAGCUGGACAUGCGCGUCGGGCUGCUUAUGGAUCUCAUCAACGAAGUGGAGAAAGCCGCGCUGCGGUCCAUAUUUCUCAAGACUGUGCGCAGAUGGCUGGCUCGGCGGCGAGAGGUUGAAGCGGAUCCUUUCAUUGUUUUUGUGGAUCUACGACUUCUUGAGGGACUUCUUGACAAACACAAGUCUGAAAUCAUCGAGUCUCCGACAGAGAUAAUAACUCUUGUGUCGAGCAUUCUUGACGAAUAUAUAGAGUCACUGGACCAAAAACAGCAGCAGAACAGCAAGCCGUUAGCCGAGCAACUUGCCGAGAUCACAAAGCCAACCGAGGACGAUGAAGACGCAGAUUCUGACGAUGAAGACGAGGAGAAAGAAGAGGAGAACACGAGCUCCGAGACUGUCUCUGUUGCCCUGUCGCUGCUGACCGCUAUCGUCUCGGAGUCGAUGAUUGGUACGUCUUCGUUGAGCGACGACGAUCAACGGAUUUUAAAGUCGCUCGGUCACUCGCUGAAAUACAUUGCCGAGCACGGGACGCAAAAUGUCUCUUCUUCAGCAGAGACGCUGGCUAUACUCUUGAACGAGACUGAUAUUCCGACUGCGAGAUCGAAGAGCAAUAUGUCGGCCUCUCAGCAGACGUAUCAAACAGCGCUGACUAACCUUCAGGAUCCUUUGAUCCCUGUACGUGCUCAUGGCUUGCAUUUGCUGCGCAACUUGAUUGUUGCACGAGAUCCUGUGAUUAAUGUCAGUUCGGUCUUGAAUGUGUAUAUGAAUACACUCAACGACGAAGACUCUUUUAUAUAUCUAAACAGCAUCAAGGGAUUACAGGCGUUGACGGACGUUCACGGCAUGGAAGUCAUCAGGCCCUUGAUUGCCAAAUACACCUCAGCCGGAAAAUCUCCCACCCUUGACGAACGGCUGAGAAUCGGCGAGGCAAUUCUGCGAACGAUCCAGCGUCUGGGUGACGCUCUCACGGGCAAAAGCGCGGAUAUCAUCAUGCACGCCAUGAUCUCUACUGUCGCCAACCGAAAGCUCGACACUCGCCUACGGUCUUCUGCUUUAAGUAUUUUGGGUAUGGCUUGCGAAGUAAACCCAAUAGGUAUAAAAGCCUGGGUUAAAGAUGGCAUCGAAUGCGCUCUUGGGGUUCUCACGUUUGAAAAGACGGGCGACGACAAAGCGCCUCUGCGUCGCGCUGCUGUGGUGUUGAUAGGAUCUCUGUUUAAGGGUGUAACAAGCUUAGCUGAGUUUCCCAAAGAGUUCGCUAAGGACGUGGUGAGAACAAUGAGAUACAUUCGGACUAGCGACGAGGAUGCGCUAGUACGUGUACAGUGUGGAAACGUGCUAGAUAUACUGGGAGACAUGAUUGCAGAUGAGUUCUCAUCUUCACUCUCGUAACGCACGGGAGCUUUUUUGUAAAUAAUUGAAAUGAAAAU